GUAUUCUAGAAGUAGAAAGCAUAGGACAAAUCGCUGUGAGGAGACGGUGGUAGAUUCCACGCCUUUCCCGCUGUUUUUUGUCGACUUCAAAUAGCAUCUUUGGAAGCAGUCCAACUGCCUCAAACCAAUAUUUAAAUUAAAAAAAUAAAAAUAAAAUAAAGUAGGAAGACAACCUAGGACCCAAUGCCCAAAAAUUCUCGUAUUCUCUCAAAUGCCAAUGGGAAAGAGGACAAACACAAUACCCCAGCUUGUUUUUGGUUUUUCUCUCAAAUCAUGACACCACCUAAUAUCCAUCCCUGCAUUCCCACUCCCCUCCCACUUUAUAUUCCAACCCAAACCAUCUCUUUUCUUCCCUACCAACUCUCUCUCUCUCUCUCUCUCUCUCUCUCUCUCUCUCUCUCUCUCUAAAAAUGCAAGAUGCUGAAGAGGAGCUCUUGAAUCUUCACCUAUCCAUAGCCACUUAUGCCGGCAAGGACCGCAAGAGGAAGAGAAUCCAAGACUUAAACUGUUGUAACCAGUUCAAUGGCUAUGACGGGAAGGUGCUUGGCUUUCUCCGAACGAGGGACCACAUGUUGAAACUAGAUCCGAAGCGAGACGGGGUGGAAGAUGGAAAGGGCCUCCAUUUGAUCCAUUUGUUGCUCGUAUCUGCUACCUCAGUUGACGAGAACAAGAUCGCUGCGGCUUCAGAAAACCUGACCGAGUUGUACAAGAAUGUCUCCGUGAACGGCGAUUCAAUCCAGCGGGUCGCCGCUUAUUUUGCCGACGGUCUGGCUGCAAGGCUCCUCACAAGGAGAUCUCCCUUCUAUGAAAUGAUCAUGAAGGACCCCACUCCCGAAGAAGAGUUCUCAGCCUUCACCGAGCUCUACCGUGCGUCACCUUACUACCAAUUCGCACAUUUCACUGCUAAUCAGGCCAUUAUUGAGGCAUUUGAAGAUGAGGAAGAUCACAAUAACCGAAGCCUGCAUGUAAUAGACUUCGAUAUCUCAUAUGGGUUCCAAUGGCCUUCUCUAAUUCAAUCUCUUUCGGACAAGGCAUUAAGUAGCAACGUCCAUAUCUCUCUCCGCAUUACCGGAUUCGGUAGAAGCUCUGAAGAACUAGUCGAAACCGAGACAAGAUUAAUGAAUUUUGCAAAGGGUUGCCACAAUUUGGAUUUCGAAUUUGAAGGCUUGUUAAGAGGAUCCAAAUCCAUUAGCAUUAGUAUCAAGAACAAUGCAACUGUUGCAGUGAAUCUGGUUUUCUAUCUACAUACAUUGGGAAGUUCUUUGCAGAUUAUUGAUGCAUUGAAGGCGGUUUAUUUACUGAAUCCUUCUAUCGUAAUCUUGGUAGAACAAGAAGGUAGCCGAACCCCACGAAGCUUCCUAUCGAGAUUCAUGGAAUCUUUGCACUAUUUUGCAGCCAUGUUCGAUUCGUUGGACGAUUGCCUUCCAUCAGAGAGUGCAGUAAGGCUGAGCAUCGAAAAGAACCAUCUUGGGAAAGAGAUCAAGGGCAUGAUAAACUGCGAGGUGGGACACGAGAAUUAUCAGAGGUAUGAGAGAUUGGAAGCAUGGAAGGAAAGAAUGGAGAGUGUUGGUUUUAGAGGAGUUAAGCUGAGUUCGAGGUCGGUGAGCCAGGCAAAGCUUCUUUUGAAGAUCAGGAGCCAUUGCUCUCCUGUGGAGGUUGAUGGAAGGGUUGGAGGAUUUAAGGUUUUUGAGAGAGAUGGAGGUAGGGCCAUCUCUCUAGGAUGGCAAGAUAGGAAUCUGAUAACAGCCUCUGCAUGGCAUUGUAUCUAAGGGGACAUCUCGUAUCUGAUCUGGGACGUCCAUCAGAUGCAGUCCCCGAAAAAGGUCAGCACACUCACCUUGGAGCAAUCAUACACAUCGAAAUUACACGGUGUGGCCCGCCUGGCAUGAACGGAUAGGAUUUUUGGGCUGAGGAACAAUAAUUGCGACUCGGGAUGAUGGAACUGCAUGCACUGGCGCAUUCCUCCUUUUCUCCAUGCAUGUGCCUAUAAUAACAUUCAUCAUCAGCUCUGUAUUGUCGAUGGAGGUCUCAGCUCGAACUUGCACUCGACAUCCCUUGGUUGGCUUUGAUUCAUGUCUUAAGUGCAUGUUGGUGUUGAUUGUAAUUGUAUUAAGACUAACACUUAGAUUAGAGUAUUUCCUUUAUGUAUUGUUACACUAAUUUAUAAUAAUCUGUGCCAAAACUUGUAAUUU